AGCUUCACAACCGCACCGCUUUCCUUCUCUUCUCUUUCUCGCCGCUCGUUCCUGCUUUCUUUGGCUUCCAUCAUGCGGGCGACAUUUCUCUCAGCGCUCCUGUAUUCCCUCUCGACCGCACACUAUUCCGCCGCCGCGUCGGACAAACUGCUGAAACCAUGCACCGCCAUCUCGCCGACGACUGAGCGCUUCUUCGACCUGAACCCGCUGCACCGGACGCCGCCGGAGGAAGGGAAGAAGAAGAAAGAAGGGGAGGAAGGCAGCUGGCACGCAAGAGGACAUGAUUAUGGUGCCAAUUUUACAAUCAACUUCUGCGGCCCGGUGGUGGAGGAGCUACAGAAUGUAGCAGAUCUGGACAAAAGCUAUUGGAAGAAUGUGAGCGCAUUCUAUGAGAAGGGAGAUAAGCAGUACGCCAUUGGCCUCGAAAGCUACGAGCCCGUCUUCCGCGGCCGCAAACUCGUCCUCAACUACACCGGCGGCUCCCUGUGUCCCUCUUCCAAAUCCCGCCGUGCUCUCCACACGCCGGUCGACCUCUCCCUCACGCCCCGCGCGAUAAUCGGUGAUGACGACGACGACGAAGACGAGGAUGACAGACCCCGAAAGAAGCCGUCAGACAGUGAGCGCCGCAAAACUACCAUCAUCUCGCUGCUCUGCGAAUCCGAUCCACUAGCGAAGACUUCAUUUUCCUUCGUCGCCGCUGUAGACGACUGUGUAUACUUCUUCGAGGGGCGCUCGCCGUAUGCUUGCGGUGGUGUGCAGGCCGAGACACAGGCCCUGAGCCCCGGAGGAGUGUUUGGCGUCAUCGUACUGAUUGCGGUGCUGGUGUAUCUUGUCGGUGGUUGUGUAUACCAGCGGACGGUCAUGCAUCAGCGCGGAUGGAGACAGCUGCCCAACUACCAGAUGUGGGCCGGCAUCGCGCGCUUCGUUGCUGACAUGUUCAUAAUCCUCACUUCCUCCUGCGCACGCUUCCUCCCCUCGCGCCGAGGCUACAGCCGCGUCUCGCUCGGCCACGACAGCGGUCGCCGCGGCCGACGAAAUGAGGACGAAAACAGGCUGAUAGAUAACCUAGACGAGGAAUGGGACGACUGAUCUAUUCAACACUGUUUUUGUUCUGUUUGGCAUCUGCAUUUAGAUCUGGGUAUCGGAGUUCGACCGGGUUCGGGAUACGGUAUGCGGGAACGGGAAAGGGAUUAUAGGCUUUUGUACGGAUAUUUUGGCCUGCGCGUUCGUAGCGUCGCAAGCGCCAGGCUAACAUGUAUAGCGUCUCCUACGCUGCUAAAACUCUUUUGCAUAUCAAAAUAUCCGUUUGAUGACG